CACAUCCACUGAGACUAAACCCGACCAGAUUAACAAAACAAAUUAUACCUGGAAAAAUCCAAGAAUGAGGCAGUCCUUUGUUCUUUCUUUGUUGUUCUUCUUCUUCAUAACCCAGCCAUGCCACCGGAUCCUCACCCACGCAGCCGGUGGCGGCAGCUGGCAACUCCUUCAAAAAAACGUUGGCAUAUCCGUCAUGCACAUGCAACUCCUCAACAACGACCGUGUCAUAAUGUUUGACCGGACUGAUUUUGGCCGCUCUAAUUUAUCCUUACCAGAUGGGAAAUGUCGAAACGACCCCAAUGACAGUGCUCUCAAGAUUGACUGCACUGCGCAUUCUAUUGAGUAUGAUGUUUUGAAAAAUUCAUUUAGACCCCUUAUGGUCCAAACUGACGUUUGGUGCUCUUCAGGCGCUCUAAUGCCCGAUGGUCGUCUGGUUCAAACCGGUGGAUUUAAUGAUGGUGAAAAAAGGGUCAGAAUUUUCAAGCCCUGUGCAGGCACAGGAUGUGAUUGGCAAGAAGUUGAUAAUGGGCUCGCAGCAAGAAGAUGGUAUGCUACAAAUCAUAUUCUACCAGAUGGGAGGCAGAUUGUUGUUGGCGGAAGAAGGGAAUUUAACUAUGAAUUUUACCCCAAAGACGCCGCAUCAAAUACAUACAGUUUGCCAUUUUUGGUCCAAACUAAUGACCGUGGCCAAGAGAACAAUUUGUACCCAUUUGUUCAUCUUAAUGUAGAUGGACAUUUGUUUAUUUUCGCCAACAAUCGAGCUAUAUUGCUGGAUUAUGCAAACAACAAGGUGGUGAAGACAUUCCCAGCAAUGCCUGGCGGCGAUCCACGGUGUUACCCAAGCACGGGUUCGUCAGUGCUGCUUCCGCUCAAGAACUUAAAAGCAGCUAAAAUUGACGCUCAAGUGUUGGUUUGCGGUGGAGCCCCGACAGGGUCAUAUACUCAGGCAGGGAAAGGCAAAUUUAUUAAAGCUCUAGACACGUGUGGCCGGAUCACAAUAACCGACCCGAAUCCAAAGUGGGUCAUGGAGACUAUGCCUACAGCUAGAGUCAUGGGAGACAUGACACUGCUUCCCAAUGGCAACGUGCUAAUCAUUAAUGGGGCAGCGUCGGGGACUGCCGGUUGGGAACUCGGGCGAAACCCAGUUUUGAAUCCUGUACUUUACAGACCCGACAACAAACCCGGGUCACGUUUCGAGCUGCAAAACCCCACCACCAUACCCCGCAUGUAUCAUUCCACUGCUAUUCUGCUUCGAGAUGGGCGGGUGCUCGUCGGCGGCAGCAAUCCUCAUAUUUACUACGAAUUUGCAAACGUCCUUUUCCCAACAGAAUUAAGCCUGGAAUCUUUCUCUCCGUCUUAUCUAGACUCAGGAUUCUCAUACUUGCGUCCCAAAAUUCUGUUGCCGAGCUCUCAAACUAAGCUGCAAUACGGUAAAAAAUUCGCAGUGAGGUUCACCGUGAGCGGCAGAGUGGCCGUGGAUAAGCUGUCUGUAACAAUGGUGUCACCUUCGUUUACAACGCAUUCCUUCUCAAUGAGUCAGAGGCUGCUGGUGCUUGGCAGUGAGAAGGUGAAUCUUGUGGCGAAAUCGACUUACUCAAUUGAAGUGACGACGCCAAGUACCGGUAACCUUGCACCAGCUGGGUAUUAUCUUCUGUUUGUCGUUCAUCAAGAUAUUCCGAGCGAGGGCAUUUGGGUCCUUUUAUAAUAACUUGGUUUUUGAAAUACGGUAACGUUGCCGAGCGAGCCAAAAAUUUUGAGAUUUCCUGAUGGUUAUUGAUUGAUUAUUUAAUCAUUUAAGGCAUCCAAUAAUCGGUGGUAACCCAGUAACGUUGCUUCACCUGCACACCCAGCAACUCAACCUAGCCCAUAUGAAUUAAGUACAAUACUGUGUAGUUUUGUUUCUUUUACUUUUCAAUUUUUUACGGUUGGUGGUUGUAACAAUUUCUUGCCCACUGGGCAUUCACAGAAUCUUAUGAUACAGUGGAAAUAAAGAGACGAAGUUUCAAUUGCA